CAUAACAGUAGCAAAAUCACAGUUAUGAAGUAGCAACGAAAAUAAUUUUAUGGUUGGGGGUCACCACCACAUGAGGAGCUGUAUUAAAGGGUCGCGGCGUUAGGAAGGUUGAGAACCACUGCUCUAUUUGCUCAGUUUGACACAUCACCGUAUUAAAGAACACACCUAGGAAGCUGAUGACUAUGUUGCUGAGGCCCUCCCCUAGGAUUCCCACCUUUAGGAAACAGAUAAGAACCCUCAAAGCAAAGGACCCAGCGUGUGCUCUCCUUGGAUCACGCCCACACCCCUCCUUUUCUGGGGCAUGUACUUUUGCUCUCUUUCUCCUAAACUCUGAAGGUCCCCACUAGACUUGCAACCAGGGGAGCAGUGGGCAGCAGUAGCUCCUCCGGGGCUAGCACCGGAACCUGCCUCCAAGGCCGCCCUUUCUCUCACUUUUCAGUGAGCUAACAGCAGCCUCACCUUGGCUCCCUUCUGUCAAUGUGACUUUUACUUCGCAGUGAGUCCUGGCAACCCAGCGUGGCUCACUUCUUUCCUAUAAAAUUUCUACCGGGCCAAAGCAGCCCCUCCUCGGCUCUCCUGCUGCUGCUUCUAUGCUAAGCCCUUCCUUUAUUUCACUGUCCCAGCUUUAGAAAACGUUCUCUCAAAAUCACCUGGACGCGUAUUGUACAAUCUUCCCAGCAAAGUCAAGAACCUACACCUCACUCCAGGCCAUGGGAGGCGGAUGGCUCAGGCGGGCUCCGUUCUCAUGACAGUUGCAGGAUGGAGGCUCUAGCUUUUGGCUGGCUGCUGGCUGGGGUGGCCACUGUUCCUGGAGGCCACAUCAGUGCUUUGCUAUUGGAGCUUCUCCAACAUGCCUGCUUAGUUCAUCCCGCCCACAGGAGAGUCUGCAGUCGGGUAAGGAGUUUUAUGUAAAAGUGACCCUAGGAAUGACAUCCCAGCAAGUCAGAGCCGUCCCCCGCUCCCGCUCCCGGUGCAGGCGCUGCAGGUCGGCCACCGCACAGCAGGCGGCGCCGGGCUCGCCUCCUCCGCUCCUUGAACGCGCGCCGGCGGCCGGAUGGCGGACGUGUCCGAGAGGAAGCUGCAGCUGGCGGUGCUGCUGGCCUUCGCCUCCGGGGUGCUCGUGGGCUGGCAGGCGAACCGGCUGCGGAGGCGCUACCUGGACUGGAGGAAGCGGAGGCUGCAGGACCAGCUGGCGGCGGCGCAGAAGAAACUGGACCUGGCCUGAGCGCGGACCUGGGCCCCGCCGCCCCCGCGCGCCCCCUCGCCUUGCCCAGGCCCGUGGGGUGAGGGGUGGGAGGCCCGCCUGAGCCAGGCAGGCUCCUCUGCAGUGUCGCUUGUUGAAGAUGGAUAUAGAGCACUGGACAGAAAUUACUUCUCCUUGCACUUAUGCACCAAUUUUAUUUUUAAAAUAAAAUGUCAAACACC